AUGGUCUUAUCAACCCUGCCUCAAAGCGACUCAGACAAUCGUUCUCUCUCCCUGCCCUCACCCUGCUUGUCCACCUGCAUCAUCUGCAAGAACGGGUACGGGGAGAAAAACUACCCUCCCGACGAUGUCUUGAAGGCAUCACUUCUGAAGUAUGUCUCUGCCCGCUACACUCGAGAUGAGAAGAAGCAAGCUCUUCUCAAAGACCAUGGCCUUCAAAUCGCGAAUACAAAGCUUAAUAUCCUCGAGCGACGCCUGGGAAUUCCCUCCGUGCGCAAGCCUGUUCCAAGAGAAGUUGCGACUCAGGCAGUCUUAGACGAGGUCGAUAGAGGUGGUACAAGUGGUGCGGAUCACAACGGGCCUGAUUAUAUCCAAACAAAGCUGGCAAACAGACUGAUUCUUCUUCCAAAGCACGUCUCAUAUACUUUUAUCAUUCCUGAUAAUCCAGCGGGGUUCGACGCACGCAUGCCAGGGAAGCGAAAGGCCACAAUCCCUCGUACUGCACUCACCUCUGUCGGGCCGUUCAGAGAGAUCUCAAGUGACGGCCAUGAGAAACUCGCUCACCUUGCGUUACGCAUGGGCGAUUUGGGUUUCCCCAUCUAUGCGUUCAAGGAUAAGUGGUCUGACUUUCUGCUUUAUAUUCGAGUGCUUCCCAAUGCACGAACGCUCAGAGCGUUGGCGCACCUCUUCCUUGAUUUCAUCGAGGAGUACGGUGCGAUCGCUAUACAGCUUACAACUGACAAGGGUUCAGAGACAGGAUGGUUGUAUGCUAUCCAGUCGAUACUCCGGUACAUGCUUGCUCCGCAUCUUGAUCCUGAGGUGCACCCACCACAUGUAUUCCUCAAGAGCACCAACAAUACGCCAAUUGAAGGCUUUUGGCGGUGGCUUAAAGAGAAGUCUGGGUUGAACUUGAAGGACGUCAUUCUGCGCGGGAAGUCAGAAGGUUUCUACAAUCCCAACAUCGCCUGGCACACGGAACUUGCCUAUUGGAUAUUUGUUCCACUCGUGCAGGCGGCAUUGGACGAGUUCCGAACAUACUGGAAUACACACAGAGUCCGACCACAGGCCGAAAAGGAUAUGCCAUCUGGUGCUCCUCCCGUCUUCGCGUUUGAAAAUCCAGAGGCACACGCUGGUACGCCCUGCAAAAUCAAGGUUCCGUCGGAGGUCCUUGUAGAGUUGCGUCAGAUCGUGACGGAGGAGGUCGGACCACGAGAGACACAUCUUGAGUUUGUUUCUUCUGAAUUUUCAGAUGUUGCUUCCGACGUUUGGAGAGAGAUUGGGUCGCCGUUGAUCACAACACAUUCUGCCUGGGACGUGUUUGUAGCUAUGGAGGUCGUUAUGCGAACAGCUCAUAAUUAA